GUCAAACACGGAAAAGAUGCAGUCGCCAUUUUGCGUUAUUGGUUUUUACGUGUGUAUGCAGUGCAGCUAGUUUGAUAUACCAAUUCUCAUUACGUAUCGCAAAGCAUUAAUUAGCAUAUUUUUGCUAAUCCUCGAUUGUUAAAAGCCGACAGAAUAGAAUGGGACGUAAGAAGAAGAAGCAGUCGAGACCCUGGUGUUGGUAUUGUAAUAGAGAAUUUGAAGAUGAGAAGAUUCUCAUUCAGCAUCAAAAAGCAAAACAUUUCAAAUGCCAUAUCUGUCACAAAAAACUUUACACAGGGCCAGGGCUUAGUAUACACUGUAUGCAGGUACAUAAAGAAGCAAUAGAUAAGGUACCUAAUUCUUUGCCAAAUCGUAGCAAUAUUGAAAUAGAAAUUUAUGGCAUGGAAGGUAUACCGCCAAAUGAUGCAAAAGAACAUGAAAGGCAAAGGAAUGGAGGCAGACCUGGUUCGCCGAGCUCUGGCGAAGACGAACCUGUCCGGAAAAAGACAAAGCCAGAGGGUUUGUUGGGUUCUGCACCAGGGGCAAUGCCUACAGGUUCAAACAUGAUGCAAGGCGUAAUGCCAGGUAUGGCCGCUCAUCCGGGUAUGCCACCAAUGGGGCAGUUCCCACCACCUAUGCACCAUAUGAUGGGACCUAUGGGUCAUGUAGGUCCACCUUUCAUGGGACCUGGCAUGAUGCCUGGAAUGCCAGGUAUGCCACCAGGUAUACAACCACCGGUGUCAGGUGCAUCUAUUCCACCAGCUCGACCAUUAUUUCCAAGUGCCGCGGCUGUUUCGACAGCUGCGUCUACGGCUGUGACCUCUCCUCUAGGCACAGAUUUUAAACCAAUUACGUCAAUAGCUGGUGGUUCUAUAGGACCUAUUAAACCAACAUUCCCUGCUUACAUUAAUGCCGAUAGUAAUACCACCACUAGCAAUAAUAUUGGAACAGAUCAAAAAGUAAAUCUUAUAGCAACUACUAGUGCUGCUAUUAAAAUCAUUCAUCCACCAGAGGAUCUUAGUUUAGAGGAAAUUAGAGCAAGACUUCCAAAAUAUCAACGGCGGCAAACUGAAGAAACUCGAACUGUACAGACUGAUCCUAGUCAACAAGCUGCUGCUUUGCAGCAGCACCAUCAACAACAACAGCAACAGCAACAACAACAACAGCAGCAGCAGCAGCAGCAAGCUGCAGCAGCCAAUGCAGCUGCUGCAUUUCAGGAUCAGCAGCAAAGACAACAAGCUGCAUUAAAUGCUCUUCAACAACAACAAAGAUUUCAGAGACCUCCACAGACAGUCAUGGUUCCUGCAUCGGCUGCAAUGCCUGUUAGUUCAGUUGCUCUGAUGGCACCGCUUAUGCGGCCUACUAUGACUCUAGCUGCACCUGCUCUGAUUCAUGGAGGUAACAUGAUGCGACCGCCCCCCAUGGGCCUGCCACCAGGUGGGUCGAGCGGCCAACGAUAUUGCAUCUGUUCUGAUUCCUUCAACGCCGGACAGCCACACUUUGAUUUUGGACACAUCACGACCCUUUGGACGUGAAAUGCCUCUUCUUGAAACUAGAGUACUCGGUAUCAGAAGCACGAUUAUGCUAGAUUUAUAUUUUUAUAAUUGCGGUAUAUAUAAUAUGCCUGCUUUUCAAUUUUAAUAGAGAAAUUUACAGUUUAUAUAUACAUAACGCAUAUGUAUAUGUAUAUGUAUGUGCGUGUAUACACUUACAUACAUAUAUAUGUCCAUAGAUAUAUUUUUCUCUGAAUUGAUAAAAGCUCAACUGCGAAAUUAAUUCGACUUUCGGCCGCUCGGCUGGUUCAUCAUAUAUAUAAUUUUUUUUCUGUUCCAUUAGCUUCUUUAUUCACUAUCUCCACUUAACCAUAUUCUUCUUACGACUCACUUGCCGUUAUCUUUCCAACCUUAUUACUAUCCCGUCUCUUCAUAUUACUUAUAUAGCUUGAAUUCCUGGUGUUGUGAUAUAGUAGUGAAGAAAUAGCUUCUUAGGCACGGUACUGACAGUCGUUCGAAGUUGUCAUUUUAACAAAAGAAAAGUCGAUGCAUAAUUUCGAUGAUAAUAACCAUCCCUUCCUUCUUUAUAUUCACAGAGGAUUUUUGAAACUUUACGUUUACUGUCUUUUUUUUUUUUUUUUUUAUCAUUGAUUACAGAAUAUAGAAUAAUUGGUUAUUUAUGUUUAUUAUGUAAUUACGCUGAAUAGAAUUAUAGACUUUAAUGAUACUUGAAUCUAUCCAAUGGAUCGAUUAGAUUUUCCUAACGUAAACGAUUCUGGACAUAAUUCCUCCCGAGUUUGGACGUUUCAACGAGAGGUUUACCACACAUGCUUCAAAGUACUUGCGUACAAAACAAAAAAAAGAGGGAAGGGAUUAUUUUUGGUGGAACUGUUUUCAUCGUAGUAUAUAUCAUGAUCAAAGAGAAAUUUGCAACAAGAACGAACGUAAUGUAUCUCCCUCACACCAUAGCCUUAGCUUUUGUGUCACACAAACGGUUUUUGACAAGUCGUGUCAAUUCACAGUAAAUAAGCGAUUUCACGUUACCCAGUAUACUUACAAUUCAUACAUACAUCUGAUUGCACUUAUAUAUUUGAUACCGUGCGAUAAAGGUGCCUGAUUUAAUAUCGACAAAUGAGGGGAUCACCAUUACGAUCAGAAUUUUACUCUGUGCCUAUAUUGUACAUUAUUAAUGAUCGUUGCCAGUAAGAGCUAUACGUAUAAACAAAUAAUUUCGGGAUAGGUGUAGACUAUUUACUUUAGAUAGUGUUAAAGUAUUUAGUAAUACCGAUGAAAUUUGAGCUUCAAACAUUGUUUAAAUCAUUGGAAAUCGAAACACUUGCACACAGGAAUCAGAAUAAUCAGAAAAAAAAAAGGAAUAUCGAUGUUACAAACUUAUGUUAUUACUUCAUUUGCUUUUCGUGAAAGCGCUUUUGGAGCAGUGUCUUGGAAGAUCGGUUGGCAGCCGAGCGAUUUGCUCAUAAGAUGAUAAGAUAUAUACCUAACGGUUCUCUUUCUUUCUUUGUAUGGUGUGAGGUUUUGUGUGGUAUCACAUUUUGUCCGUUUGUUGUGAUUUGUAUUGCAUAUGCGGCACUUUGCAUGCUGAGCUCAAUUCCUCGUAUAGUUUGGCAAUUUGCAUCGAUAAAGUUGCUAGAUAGACGUAGGUGGGCUGCUAAUGAUAAACCCUUGCGGGUGUAUAUUAUCCUAGAAGACUCGAGUCUCUCUCUCAUUUCAUCACUUUACAAAAGAGCACAUCAUUGAAGGAGAUAUGAGAUGUACUUAAAUUCUUGAAUCAAUUUCGCUAUGAAAAUGUUUUUCCUUUCUCUGUUAUUUUACAUUCGUAUUUAGUAAAACGGAAAUACUAUAUAAAAUAAUAUUAUCGUUAAAUGGUUAAGGAGACUACCGGUUGGACUCUGUUAUUUUUGUCGAAAGGAAAACCAAUUUUGUUGUGAAUUUUAUUUGAGAAAAUACCAUCGGUCGGCUGUCAGACAACUUCCCGUUCAGAAGAGUAUACCUUCUCUCGAGCAGUUCGGAAUAUAUUGGAAGAAAUGCCAGCGGUGUGCAUGAAUUAGGAUUGAUAUUUAAUUUUGCGCUACGGAAACCUUACAUCGUAGAACUAAUCGUUUUAACAACGUUUACACAUGAACCGUUUCUUUCAAAAUUCCGUAACUUUUCUACUGAACGUUACGCAGCCUCCAAAACAAAACUGCAAAAUUCUUGUCGAGAAGAAACGGAAGACAGAGUGCAGAAAGAGGAGAGCAAUGUAUGCAUUUAAUAUACUACACGUACAUAGAGAUUUAUUUAUGUUUAACUAUUACUCUCGCGACGUAAGUAUAUAUAAAUGAUUAUUUACAGAUUGUUGAGACAAAUAAAAUAAGACGUUGAAGGAACGAUCGUGGGAUUAAAGUUUUUUCGGUUAUAUUGAUUGACGAUGCGUUGUCUUUUUCAGGGAUGAUAGGAGCGUUACCACCAGGCGCGAUGCAUCCGGCAUUCGCAACCCCAAUGGGUUUUCCUGGUGCGCCGAUGUUGGCUCCAAUGAUGCACCCACGCUUCAGAUGAUCACCUCCCAUGGACGGGCCCACCCCGCCACUGCACUUCGUGCUUUGGGCCCGCCCCUAAAUUUUAUUAGGGUUCGGACCUGAUCGAGAAGAAGAAAGAAGCACGCGUAAAACAUGUUCGCUCGCGUGGACACACUUCGUUGAUCGGCCGCGGCUGCACUUGACGCAUCCUCUCCCACGAAGUUUACAAGAAGUUAGCAAAAUCUUUGUUUUUUUAAUUAUAUAUGAUUGCAAAACACAUCACGUCAGUGCCUGAGAGGGUUUACCAGGUGCAGUGGAAACGGUCGGCUGUUCUCCUUCGACUUUGCACCAGUAAAAGGAGAAUAAACAAUUUUACAAUCGUUUGCAUGGCUCCACGAUUACACAAAAUCAAAGCACUGCUGUAAUUUCAUACUAAAGGAGCUUGAGCCAUUCCGAAUGUUGUACGACAAAUUUGUUUGUCUAACAAACGCAUCAAGGUUUUGAUCCUUCGAGUAACCUUUAGUACUCAUCUUUGUUGUUAUAUUGUCAUCCACAUAUCUAGCAUUGAAAUUAUAGUUUUAUAAAACGUAAUGGCAGUGCGUUGUUGAUGACUGUAUUAGCGCGAAAGUUUCCGUUAGGAUACUCCUAAGCUGCUGAUACAGACGUAUUGUUGCUAAGUCAUAUGUAAACAAUUCUACGUUGUUCCGAAAGGUGUGAACUUUCGAUUGAUUAGUCUAGACAAAAUGAACUUCUACGCGACCCGGUAUUCUGUUAUUUUACGGUAGACCGUUUCCACGCGCUGUUUCUCAGCCUCUGCACCAGUGUUCUCUUGGAGAGACGCGAUCGCGGAAAGGUGGCGCUUCACACUGCAGCUAUUAUAUGUAGAAACUGAAUUUACUUUCACGGGAACAUCCUAAAGUACUAAUCACCGACUUUUACGAAUCUUUUGUACGAAAGUUACAAAAAUUUGCCUACCGUUUCUUUUAUCGAUAAUUCAUAUCGAGAAAUCUAUUUGGUACGAAAUCAUGAAAACUUAGCUGUAAAUGACGAUUGAAUGCGAUAUAAAUCAAUUUUUUCGUCGGUUUUAAUAUAAAACCAGCAUUUUACAUUUUUUCUCGCGUUUCUAUUUUUCAUGUGGAUUUUCAAUUAAUAAAUUUGAAUGAUUAUUUUUCUACACUCGUUGUUAGUUACUGCGCAAGUAUAACAAAUUUUCGGUGUGGACAAGUUUCGUAAUUAAAUUAUUUUCCACGCUUGAUCGUUUUUAAGAUGACUAUUAGCACCUUUACGAUAUGGAUGUUCACCGAUAAAGGAAAUAAUGCAAUAACAUUUUUGUAAGAACUACUAAUUACAAAAGUUUUAUUAAAAUCGGUGAUUAACACUUUAUAAUGUUUUUCCUAUUCUUUGAAUUUACUCUUCCUCUGUUAGAAAAUUAUUUUAAGCUUACUCUAAAUGUAUAUAUCGAUUAUGUAAAGAUUCUACAUUUGUUUAGGAUCUUAAUUUUGUAAUAUACUUCUGUAAAAUAUCAUUCGCGUUACUUGAAUUUCUUAGUUGAGAAGGUAUGAAAAUGCAAGCCGCAGUGUGAACAUUCUGUCGCCUCAGGUUAGUUUGCCACAACUUUUAUUUUGUUAACGUUUCAGAUCGAGUCGUUUUGCUUUUGCUCGGUAAUUCACAUCCUCCCACCUUCGAGUGGCGUUUAGAACUUUAAAGAGGAUACUAUUCAUCCCAGUAGCUAAAGUUAAUUAAAUAUCACAAGUAUCAAUAACAUUAAAUUGUCAUAAAUUAUUUCGAUGAUACAUCGACCACAAAGCAGAAGUAAUCGAUUCGAUCCGAGAAAGCCCUCUUCCUUUGCAAGGAACAUGUUGGCGACGCAUGAGUGAGUGGUAAGUACGGAGGGUGCUCACAAAAAUCGACACCAGCUCUCUCUACACUCGACUCACGCCAUUUUCUUUACUUUGUCCUAUAUUAAAUCACUGGCGGUCCGAUCGUGGAGUAUACCAUUUAAAAAAUUUUAAUCAUCGCAAUGUUUAAUUGAUACUCCUGUCGGAUGUUUGUAACUUGUUCAGUCACAUUUCCAACCGUACCGAAGCUUUAAACAUUAGACUCUACAAUCGGACGAAAUUCUGCUCCAUCCUUUGGAAAACUUCUCAUCCCUCUCUCGUCUUUCCCACUAUUAUUCCAACGUUUUCUUUUCUAUCGUUCUAUUACUUCCUCAGGGUGUCUACUGACAACGAGACGAUGCAAAUCGUCGAACGCUGAAAUACAUUCACGUUUAUGUAAUGCGGUCUAACUCUGAUAUGCGAAGAAGAAAAAAAAGAAAAAAGAAACGAUAACAUGUGAAAAGAACAAAGAUAUUUGUAGAAGACACUCUCUUGUAGGUCGAUGGUGAUCGAACGUUUGUUUCUUGGAGAUUUCAGUUGCCAAGGCUCAGAACUUUUCAUGCUUUCGGACGGAUGGAAAUCGGGCAUGUGACUGUGUAGCGAAAGUGUGGCGAAGACGGUGCAAAAGGAGGCUACAAACUGAAGUCGUGGACUUUCGGUGAUAGUUGCGUAUUUAGCUAAAAGAUAAAAGAAACGAGAGACCAUGAAUCCUCACGGUUCUAAUUUAUUAAUCGUUCGACAUUGAAAUCGCGAGCACGGUGAGAUCAUUCUCUGCGCGGAAGGUUUACCUCAGUAGGCACCCUGUUUGUCUAUUCUUUCACUCGAUUUCUACCAGUACUUCGAGAAAAAAUAUGAAACAGCAUACCGCGCCGUACAACACGUGUACGUAUCUAAAACAAAACUACGCAUCGUUAUGAAUAUACUUCAUUUUCAGGGGUUGUCUUUCCGAAUCGUGUUCUCGCGUCGCGAAACCUUGGUAUUUGGCCGCGAUCGGAGGCGAUUCGCGCGACCGUUUUACUUAUAGGCGAAUGGAAUUUCUCGUAGGAAAUACGCGCAGGAGGCACUUCUCGUUUAACGAGACUGCCGAGAGAUGGCCGAACGUUUGCCUCCCGACCGCGCUUGUUCUUUCGUUUCGAGAUUCGGCAGGACAAUCUGAUGGCAGAAUUGGACAUGUAGAAGUUCUGUUAUUUAUUGAGUGUCACAUUAUCAACUUGUUUCGAAUAAAGACGUUCUGUGGAAA